AUGAAGUGUUUGGCUGUUCUUUUCGCCGUUUUGGCCGUUGUCCUGAUGACUGCCGUUCCAGUUUUCGGCAACUUGCCGCAGUGCCAACCCAGUACCACCGCCGACGCCGCUCAAGGCGGUAGCUACCCGAUCACAGAGCUGGGGUACCAGGGAAGACAAAGUCCCAGACGUAGGGGUUAAUCAAGUAUCAAAAGAAAA